AUUUGAACCGACAGGCGACUGUAGAAUGAGUCCGAGGCAUUACCCUUCAUGCUGAAGUGGUCGAGUAAGAGUUGGAUCAGAAAGCAGGUCACCUACUUGACUGCGAUUCCAGCAAAAAUAUCCUCACUGAAGCUACGCAACGUGGUCCUCGAGUCUAACGUCGAAUAUUUUGCCAUUGAUAAAACAUUUGACAUUGCCAAAAUAAUAAAUAAAGAAAUAUUCUUAAAUGAAUACGGACACAUUCUGGAUGCAAUGUUUGGUAUCGCAAAUGCUACCAUAUUUCAUCCAAAAGUUCAAGAACUAAUUAUGGAUGAUAAGGAAAAUUUUGACGCAAUCAUUGCUGAGUGGAUGUUUAAUGAUCUUUAUUCCGCUUUCUCGGCGGUGUUUGGCUGUCCACUUAUAUGGUCUUCGUCAGUGAAUGCUCAUCCGAUGUUACUAUCUGUGAUCGACGAGGCACCGAACCCCGCGUACACUGCAGAUUUAAUACAAUCUGCAUCAGUACCGCCGUUCUCCUUCGUGGAAAGAGUCGAACAACUGUGGAUCUUGCUUCGUAUGAAGUAUCUACAAUGGAAGCUAAGCAGCAGAGACGAAUUGUCAUACGAACUUGCGUUUAGCACUGCAGUAUCUAAAAGAGGAAAGUCAUUACCUUCGUAUAAAGCUGUUCAGUAUAAUGGUUCUAUUGUGUUGGCCAACGCUCACGUAGCGACGGGCGAAGCCAUGCGAUUACCAAUGAAUCACAUAAAUAUUGGUGGAUAUCACAUAAAUGAAAGUAGUAUUAUUCCUUUACCUCAGGAAUUACAAAGUGCAAUGGACAAUUCUAAGGACGGUGUCAUAUAUUUUAGUAUGGGCACUGUUUUAAAAAGUCGAGGUUUACCAGAUUCUAUCAAAAAUGGAUUAAUAAAGAUAUUUUCGGAAUUAAAAUAUACUGUUAUCUGGAAAUUUGAAGAUAAGCUAUCUGAUUUACCCAAAAACUUGUACGUGGUUGAUUGGGCUCCGCAGCAAAGUAUUUUAGCUCAUCCCAAAUGUGUUUUAUUCAUUACGCACGGAGGUCUCCUCUCAACAACUGAAGCAAUACAUUUUGGAGUACCAAUAAUCGGCAUUCCAAUGUUCGCUGAUCAAUACCUCAACAUAAAAAGAGCAGAAGCAAAAGGCUUUGGCAAGAAAGUUGCUAUGAACUACAAUACUCCUGUUGUAUUAAAAACUGCUAUUGAAGAAGUCCUCAGUACACCGAGAUAGCAAAAAUUAAUAAAGAAGAAUAAGUAUCCGUUUACUUAGACUAAAAGGAUGUAAUAGAAAGCUGAAAGCUGAAUCGUAAUAAACACGUCAAAAAUGCUUAAAAAUGGAUGUGACUCUAAACGAUAUCGCCAAGUGGUUAAAGAACUGUCACUAAUUUACCACGACCGUCCAGUAUCUCCUGGUGCUGAGCUGGUGCACUGGGUGGAGCAUGUGGUGAAGACACGAGGAGCUCUUCAUCUACGGUC